UUUGAGCUGAGUAAGCUGCGCGAGCCGCGAUCGAUAACUUAUAUUGGAAGAUAUUCGGAGUUUGUGAGGUCAGAGCAGAGACAUUGAUGGGCUGUAAGGUUCAACACUAAAAUACUUACAGUAUCUUUGAAAAGUGCAUAAAAUGGAUACGGCUGGAGCUUACGGUGGCGGAAAGGCCGGAGGAGCCUUUGAUCCUCAAGCUUUUAUCCAGCGGCCUCCUGUGAUAGUCCGAUCAGUUUGUUGGCUCUUCAGCGUAAUUGUAAUGGGUUGCAUAUCAGCCAAGGGCUGGUAUGUAAGCAAGGCUGAUGGCAACGAGUACUGCGUGUACAACAACGAUACGAACGCUUGUAACUACGGUGUCGGUAUAUCGGUUAUAGCUUUCGUAGCGUCAAUCGCCUUCAUCGCCGGAGAGUAUCUCUUCGAGCAGAUGUCGUCUGUGAAGACUAGGAAGCAUUACGUGUUAGCCGAUAUGGGAUUCUCAGCGUUCUGGGCAUUCCUGUACUUCGUCGGCUUCUGUUACCUGUCUAACGCCUGGGGCAAGACCGAGACCCCUCCGAUGGGCACUGCUAACAAUAUGCAAGGCGCCAUCGCUUUUUGCUUCUUCUCUAUAUUUGCUUGGGUGGCAUGCGCGUUCUUCGCGUUCCAACGGUUCCGCAUGGGCGCGGACGCGGCUUUCGCACCGGCCUACGAGGUGGAGGGUGCGGGCAGCCCUGGAGCCUUCCCUGCCUACCCCGGCGCGCCCGACCCGCAGCCCGCUUACAGCGACCCGCCCUUCUCGCAGCCCCACACUGGCAAUGUGGACUACACUGCUCCGACUUACUAAACUGGCUCUUUGGUGUCAUCUUUCAUGAUUAUGUUAUUGAAGCAAGUAAGUUAUAAUUAAUACAUUUUUAUGUCAACAAAACAUACUUGUGACAUACAACAAGGAUCAUUCAAAAGUGUUUUUUUUACCACAAAUGAUGGUAUACAUAGAAUUCAAUCAAUACAAUAAUUUGACCUUUAAUUAUUAUCAAAUAGUAUUCAGAAGAAACAUGAAGUAAAACUAUUAAAUUUAUUUUUAUAUCUAGUCAAUAUAUUUCUUAAGCUUUGGAUUAUAAGAUAAUGACUCGGGUGGUGGCAAGCAUUUCAGUAUAUGAUUUGCUUAAGUUUCUUAUUGAUAAAGGUUGAAGUCCAGAUCAAUACAAAUCGAUUUGAUCCGGUUAAUAAAUGCCCUAUGUUGCUAGAAUUUCAAAUUUGAGGGUGUUGUAUUUUACAAAUUCAGCGGUACCUUGGUAGCCGACGCGGUCCACAAUGUAUCUAUUAAUAGUGUCUGCCAUAUUAGCAAAUCAUAUAGAAAUUUUGCUCGACAGCUCCCUUAUUUAGUCUCGAAUAAUUAAAUGAUUUUACCAAAAUGAAAUACUUUUACCUCUCAACUCUUAACUAUAAAUAUAAAUUAGAAAAAUAAACAUGUGUUAAUUAUAGCUUUAAACUUUGUGAUCCAUUUUGUUACUUAUAAUUUUAUCUUAAGUGUUAAGACUUAUUACUUUGUCUCGUGAUAUAAUCAUGUUAAGUUAAAUAUGUUAUUUUUAAUUAAUUUUAAAUCAUGUUUUAGCUUAAUAUCGACUUUGGUAUUUAUAUAUUUUCAUUUGAUAUGACAGUACAGAUUAUAUAAACUCAUGUAAACAUUUGUAUCUGUCAGAGAUGUGUUUGAUUUUUAUUAAUCUGUUUCGAAUAUUAAUUUUAAUAUUUUAUUUUAUUGUUAUACAAUUUAUGUAGAUAUAUAUAUAUUGCUUCACAGUACCUGCAUGUAGGUAUAUAUUCGACAAUAUACCCCCAUUUUUGUAAAAUAAUAACCUAUAUAUGUAAAUAACAAGAAAGUAAAUAUAUAUUACUUAUACAUAUAUUCUUUAUGUGAUUCGUUGUUAUUGUGAUAUUUUUAUUAUUUAUUAUUAUUUUUAAAGAUUAACCAUUGACAUACAUUUUGUGCCAUGUGCAUAGAUGUCAUAACAUUGAUUAGAAAUAAUAUCAAAUUGUAUUUAAGAAUGCAAUAUUUUAAUGCAUCAUUAUAGUAAUAUAUCACAGUAUGAUCACUCAAAUAGGCAGAGAAAUUCAUCACCAUUUAUUCGAGAAGCUAUGCAGUGACAGGAUUUAAUAGAGUGCUUUUGCUUUCAAUUGUAUGGACAGAACGAGCUCUAGGAUAGAAGGAAGAAAGUAUUCACUCGCAGUUGAAAUUUCAAGCGAAAAAUAAUAUAACGUAUGCAUCCUAUGACAUAAAUAGAAAAACUUGUAUGAUUGUAGAAGUCAAGGCCAAGAUUACAGCCAAUAUGGUGAGGAUAAAAGGGUGACGACGAACUGUAUAUUUUAACACCCUGAUAAAAUGUCUAGGACAAGCGCUGCUUGAAAAGUUAAAGGAUAGCAUGUCUUUUAGUCCUGUAAAAUUAGCACAGAGGUUGGUUAUAAAAGAACAAACACCAUAGUUCACUUUUUAAAUCAAAAUUAUAUCUGUUUCGAACAAGAUACAUAUAGCAAAGGCCCCAAAUUGUUGCAGAUAAUAAAAGUUAGUAAAAUAAAUAUAAUCUAUAUAAAAAUUAAUCAACCUUGUGUCUCAAUUUUAAAGAAAAAAAUAUAUACAGACAUUUAACCUUAAAUUUCUCCAUUUCAUGAUGUCUUAUUAAGUGAGUAGUAGUGAUUGUGCUGUAUAUAUUUUAAUUAACUUGUAAGUUAACAAGAAGUUGAUGAAGAUUUUCAGUAUUUAAUGACGAAAUGCUUUUUUUAUUUACAUAUUGAGUAAAAUAAAUUGACUUAAAUCAACUGAGUGUAAACAAAAAAAGUAUUAUGUUGCUUGCAAUUUAUAAACAUAGAAUGUAGGUAAUCUUUAACUUGCAUAUCGAUGUAAUUUCUCCUUAAUGUAUAAGACGCAAGUGGUAUCGUUCGAAAAUUAAAUAUUACACUAUAAAUUAGAUAAGGUCAAUGUGCAAUUGUUUUUUUUUAUUUGAUUAAUGUCGACUGUUAAAAUAGCUUCGCUGUUAUCGUGUAUUGUAAACUGUUAUUGGUGUUAAUAAUCUGUGUCGUUUGACUAUACCUGAAAUAAAGACACUAAGUAUACAAAUAAAUUGCUACUACGUGACCCCUGUCGUUUAAUUUGUUAACGACAGAAGUCGUUUAAUUCGUUAAAUAUACUUUACUUUUUUUAAAUAACGAAUGUAAUAGCAAUUUUUAAUAGGUCAAGAGCAUAAGUAAAUGAGGCUGUAUGGUAGUAAACCUUUGCCCAUUCUGAAUAUUGCAAACGAACGGCAAAAAGCAAAAUUUUAACAUAAAUUAUUUGUAGUAAAAUCAAUAUAAUACAAAUCAUGAAUAGUCAAACGUUCACGUAAAAAUUAAGACAUUUCAGUAUUAUUAUAUCUUGACAUUAUAAAAUUAAUAGACACUGUAAUGCUGUUUUCAGACAUAGUAUUUUUUUAUAAAUUGUAAAAGUUAUAAUAUUAACUUUAUAUAUUCUUAGCGUAAUAUUUUUCUUAGAAAAAUGUAUCAGAUAUUAAAACCAUACUUUUUGUUGCUAACAGUAUUUCGAAUUAAUUUAAAAUUUUAAACAAUCCAAGGUCUAAAAUUUAGUACAAAUCAAAUAAUGGUGUAUAGUAUUUUUUAUCUGUACCUCAUUCCAUUAGGAAAGUCAUUUUCUUUUGUUGACAAUUUGUUGUGCACUGCAAAGAAUGUGUUAUUUAAUACAAUAAUUACUUAUUUUUAUUGAACCUAAUAAUUGAGCGACUUCUUUAAAUAUUUCAAUAAUAAAUAUUGUUUUUAAAAUAAUAAGACCUUUUUGGAAUAGGUAUCUGAACAGUAGUGUUAUCAAUACUGUUAAUGAUAUGUCAGGGACUGAUGUAUGUAUACAACUAUAAUGCCAGUGGAUGAUACUAAGCGUUAUGUACGAUGAUCCAAUCUCAGUAUUGCACAUGUUUCCAAUAUAAUAGUAAAUAAACGAGACACAUUGAUUGAAAAAUAUUUUGAUUAUUUAGUGAUCAUAUUAUUUUACUUGAAAUUGCUCCAAUUUUAGGAACACUCCUAACAAAAAUUAAAAAUAAACGAACACCUAAUCAUUUUCUCCAACACUUCUUACAUAAUACUUGAAUGCAGGACAUCUUUGGUGUAACAGUAUCUUAUUUAUACAGUCAUCUUUCAAUCGGCUCUUCCAGUCAUAUUGAGAGCUAUUGUUAGGUAUAACAAUAACUUGAAAUGCCUAGAGAUUAUAUAUUAUAAAUCUCAAACAAACCCUUAAAAAUGUGAGUGGAAUCCAUUAUCAAUUAAAUGAACAUUUCGAAACGUUUUUUUAUAGUUAUUUGUAAUUUAAUCACAUUGUAAUAAUGUAACAUUAAGAUAUGGGUCGAUAACGUUUUAUUUAAAAUAUAUAACUUUAUCAGUAUUGAUAACAAUUAUGGCUAUAAAAUAUUAAUUCAUAGCAUGCACUGUUAUUUGUAUAAAGUAUUAGCAAUAAUAUUCAAUUUAUUAUACUGUUUCAUCCAAAGAAUAUAUUAUAAUGUUAUGUAAUCCGUGUGCAUUUUAUAAAUUCAUUUAUUUUUAUUAUAAAUGAAACUUUGUAUAAUAUUAUUAUUAGUCGCGUGGAUCAUAUAGCUUAUGAAAUUCUUUAGAAUCACCUAAUUUAAAUAUGAUAGAAAAAUUUAUCGUAAACAAUAUCAUAUUAGUAAGUAUAUAGUAUGGUUUUAAUUUUAUGAUUAAAUCUUCAAAAAGGGAUGACAAAUGAAAGAUAUUUUAUUGCCUAAAAUUUUUUAAAUUAGAAUGUCUUCAUUAUCAGUAGAAUCAUAUGGAUGAUAUAGCUUCUAUUUUUUAUAAUUAUAAUUAUGCCAGUUUAAAAAUAAUGUUUGGUAGUCACUGUAUCGAUUGUAACUCGCUGAGUCAUCGUUAUUUCUUGACACUUAAUUGUAGAUGUGUACUAUCUAGAUGUAGAUACAACACCUAUAUUAGAAAUCUGUUCUGAUAAUAACGAAUAUUUACUAAUCAUUACACGAAAAGAAAAUUGUAAUAAGUGUUAAAUAUUAUGCUAAAGUCAGUGUUUGGUGAUCAAAUGUUAUUGUGCAUAGUUAUAUAUAAAACCAGUUUCAUCUUGUUAACAUUGUACGGCUGAUUGGAAUCGUGUUCUUCAAGACUAAUACUGAAGCCGUAUAUGAGUGUUUUUAAACUGGGUCGGUAAGUUGUUAGGCUAGUUAUCUUCCAUUCCUUAUGGAUAAGCUAUUUACAAGAUAUAAUGGCAGGCUACUAUUCUUUUUUAUUUGUUCAAGUAAAGAGAACAAAUAUUCAUGAUAGCACUCAGCGUAGUCGUAUUUGAUGGAUGCAAUUCGCAUUUCUUGUUUAAUCGUGAAUUUUAAAGACAUUUGCCGAUUGAUAACUGUUUUAAAACACUGUCAUAUAAAAUAAUUAAUUUUAUAUGAUUCGUAUUGUUUCAGCAAAGUUUUAAGAACACAAUUUAAAACAGCAAUAUUUCUAAAACCUUUCAUUUAACUUUAACCGCCAAAUAUUAGGUAAGUAUGUUAAAUUGUCAUAUGUCAGUUGGAAUUGAUAACAGACUAUACCAUAUCAAUAUAUUGUAUAGUUUAUAUAUUGUUAUAAUAAACUCACAUUUUACGUAAUAGCGCAUUUUAUGAAAACUUUUUUUAUAUCAUAAAUCGAACAUCUAAAUUAUAUUUUGAAAUGAUUUUAUCUUUCGAACCGGAUGAAUUUCAUUAUUUAACUAAUUAAAAUAUCAUCACUUUUGCUUACUUUGUGGUAAUAACUGACAUAGACAAUUUUUUAAAGUUACCAAAGAUUUUUAAAUGAUACAUCAAUUGAAUAUAAUUUAUACUCUCUCAUUUAAGUUGAAGCAAUGUUAUUGGAAUGUGGUCUCUGGUUCUAUAAAGGAAUUAAAAAGUGUCUGUUGGCAAGUAUGAUUUAUUAACUUAUAGUAUUUUUAUUUCUAAAAAUGUUACCAAAAAUUUCACACGCACAACUAAAAAGUGGAGAGUAUAUUAUAAUUAUAUUCAAUAAGAUGACAAAUAUUUGUUUAUUGCAUUGUAUUAUCAUGUAAAUGAGGAAAUAAUGAAAUAAAUUAAAUGAUAGAUAUGUG